AUGGAAACGCAUGAGUCCUUAGACCAGAAACGAGAAGCAAUAGCCCUCAUGGAACAGGCCGAGUGUGAUAUCAAUCAGUCUUGUGGAUCUGCAGAGUGGACGAAGCUACAACAGGUGUUAGCUCCUCAGUAUCGACUGAAAAUAUUUCAGUUCAAGUCCACUUCCACUAAACUCUGUUUAGAACCUAUCUACAAAGGCUUUGGAAAUGGAACUUAUUUGAACAUUUUGUUAGACGACCAUCAUUACGAUGCCAUCCUAUCGAUGCCGGGAGUAACGGGGAACCAAUAUUACUGUGAUCAUUGCGAUGUGGGGUACAGGAAUGUCACAGACCAUCGGACCAAGUGCCCUCAUCGCUGUCCCUUUUGUUUACGACACCCUAAAUGUCCCGAAGACGGGAGCAAUAUUCAAUGCCAGGAAUGCCAUGGAAUUUUUAAGAACAGGACCUGCUAUGAAAAUCAUUUAAGACCCCAUAGUAAGAAAACCACCACUACUGUCUGCAGUUUAAUGGACGAUGCAAGAAGUGUCGUCCAUUGGAUACCUAAGAUUUUAUUCCCUCAUCACAAGUGCGGAGGACAGAAACAGUGUAAGAUCUGUAAGAAAAUCGUUGAUGCCGAUCAUCAGUGCUACGUUCAACAGAAGCCCGAGAAGAAGAAGAAGGGGAAAAACACCUUACAGUUUUACAUCUAUUUCGAUUUCGAAUGCACUCAGGAAACCGGCAUUCACAUCCCUAAUCUGUGUGUGGCACACCGCGUCUGUCAACAUUGCGGUCACUUACCCAUAGACCAGCCCUGUCCUCAUUGUCAACACAUGGGACCUCUGCAUUCUGCCCCCCUAAAACCUAACGUCAUCAUGAACGGCAGUAAGAUCUUGUACAUGGAAAUAUGCGGACUGAAAUUCAUCGACUCUUAUAAUUUCUUACCGUUUGCUUUGGCCAAGAUGCCCUCGGCUUUCGGAUUCACCGAACUCAAGAAAGGCUAUUUCCUCCACUUUUUUAAUACGGAACAGAACCAGAAUUACGUGGGACCUUAUCCACCGGCAGCUUUCUACAAUCCCGACGAAAUGUCUAUCAGUGGACGACAGGCCUUUUUCCAAUGGUACGAACAACAGACCGGAAAAGUGUUUGAUUUCCAGAAAGAGUUUGUAGAGUAUUGUAUCUCCGACGUCGACAUUUUACGACGAUUCUGUGCACAGUUUAGAGCCACCCUCAAGACUUUGGUCAACGUGGACCCUUUCCAGGAAUCCAUCACUUUUGCCAGUGCUGCUAAUUUAGCCUACCGUCGACAAUUCUUGCCUGAAGAAACCAUUGCCAUCAUUCCUAACCUUGGGUAUCAACCAGCACGACAAUAUUCGGCCAAAGCCUGUCGGUGGCUCACCUGGAUGAGUCAACAGACCGGAUGUCACAUACAACAUGCCAGAAACGGGGGCGAAGUCCAGAUCGGAAAUUAUACCGUCGACGGAUACCAAGAAGCGACUCGCACCGUCUACGAAUUUUACGGGUGCUAUUGGCACGGAUGCCCCACCUGCUAUCCCAGUUUACAGACCGAAACUCAUCCUCACCGGACCCAAUUUACUUACCAACAAUUACACGAGGAAACCAUCAGAAGGACUUUGGCCUUGGAGGACAUGGGGUACACCGUCCGUAGCAUCUGGGAGCACGAUUUCGAUCAGCAAGUGCAAAGAGAUGUGAGUUUACAGCAUUUUGUACGAGACCUGGACAUUCCGGAUCCUUUGAACCCUCGAAAAGCCCUGUACGGAGGCCGGACUAAUGCCACCCUAUUAUAUUGUGAGGAAGGGGACAUUAGAUACGUGGACGUUUGUUCCCUAUACCCUUACGUGUUGAAACACAGACCUUUUCCUGUAGGGCAUCCCGAGAUCAUCACAGACGAGUUCCAGGACGUGAGAAGUUAUUUCGGCCUCAUUCACUGUCGGGUCUUACCUCCCCGAGACCUCUAUCACCCCGUAUUACCUUAUCGGACGGGAGGCAAGUUAUUAUUUCCCUUAUGUCGCACGUGUGCCGAACGACAGGACUCUACUUCUCAAGAUCGAUGUCAACACACCGACCAGGAACGCAGUCUCACGGGUACUUGGGUGACAACCGAAUUACAUAAAGCCCUAGACAUGGGAUAUACCUUAGAUCGAAUCUACGAAGUGUGGCAUUUUAAAGAAAGCAGACAGGAUUUAUUCAGAUCCUACAUCGAUACCUUCCUCAAGAUCAAACAGGAAGCGUCCGGAUUUCCCCCCGACUGUAAGACCUCAGAACAAGAACAAGAUUACAUUCGACAAGUCUUAUACAAAGAAGGAUUCAUGAUGGACAUUCUCAGUUUCGAGAAGAAUCCAGUGAGAAGAACCAUUGCUAAACUCUUUUUAAAUUGUCUGUGGGGAAAAUUUGAUCAACGCUUGUUAUUACCCAAAACCAGAUACUUGGAUGAAGAAGAGGAAUUACAGCAACUUUUACAAGAUUCGACUCUCGACAUCAAGGGCAUGCAACUCUUAGACAAUAAAGAGGACCCCAAUGAGGACAAGAUGCUAGUGAAUUAUCAAGACAAACAGGAAUUCGUCGAAGAAUGUCCCUUUGGAAACGUGGUCCUGGCUUGUUUUACCACCGCGCAUGCCCGCUUACACCCCUACGAGACUUUACAACCUUUAGGAGAUCGGGUCCUUUAUUUCGAUACGGACAGUAUCAUUUAUCAACAUCGGGAAGGAGCCUUUAAUCCUACCUUGGGCAACAGUUUAGGAGAAUGGACCGACGAAUUAGACGGGGAUCACAUUAUCAAAUUCAUGUCGGCAGGCCCUAAAAAUUAUGGUUACCGGACGACCAAAGGAACCGAGACCCUUAAAGUCAAAGGAAUCACUCUCAACUAUCGAACCUCCCAGAUCGUGUCCCUAGAGACUUUAGAAAAAAUGCUCAAAGGAGAAAUAGAGGAAGUUACAGUACUUUAUCCCCACAAAAUCCAGAGGACUCGUGAUCAUGAGGUCUUGACCAAACCUUUAGAGAAAAAGUAUAGAAUUGUGUAUGAUAAGAGACAAUUGUUACCCUCUUAUAAUACUUUACCUUAUGGUUAUUAA